GUAGCUAGCAGAUGGAUAGUAUCUUGGGAAGCGGCAUUUUCAAGGAUUGUGGAACGGGAUCGCGCUGCUGCUCGCGAUCGCUGGUCUACGAUCCUAGAGCGCUCCCUUCCGGCCAGCGCUUUGAUUCCAGGUCGCUAGCGCUGCGCUCGCAGUGGAGCAAAUCAAGAUCAAGCUUGCGAGUUCUACCGAUGGACGAGACGAGAAAAACCAGUGACGCGACGCUGGAUGGAUUCGUGAGUCUAGCACACGAGCUCGCCGACGCUGCCGCCAAGAUCACUCUCAAGUACUUCCGGACGCGCAUCGAGGUCAUUGAUAAGCUUGAUCUCAGCCCUGUGACUAUAGCCGAUCAAGCUGCCGAGGAAGCCAUGCGCGCUUUAAUUCUCCAACGUUUUCCCUCUCACGCAGUCUUUGGAGAGGAAGGUGGCUUGACCAUGCCUGAUUCGAUUGCAGAGUAUGCCUGGGUCCUAGACCCGAUCGAUGGAACCAAGAGCUUCAUCACUGGGAAGCCAGUUUUUGGAACACUGAUAUCGUUACUCCACAACGGUGUUCCAAUACUUGGGAUUAUAGAUCAACCGGUCUUGAAAGAGCGGUGGCUUGGUGUAGCAGGACAAGCCACCGUACUCAACAAUCGAGAAAUCAGCACUCGUUCGUGUCAUUCGCUCUCCAGUGCCUAUUUGUAUCACGCUUGGUACACCACGAGCCCGCACUUGUUUGACAAGCUCUCGGAGCAGGCUUUUGCUCGCGUCCGAGAAGAGGUGAAAGUUCCUCUGUAUGGAUGCGAUUGCUAUGCCUAUGGUCUUCUCGCGGCUGGACAUGUCGAUCUCGUGGUUGAAUCCGGACUCAAGCCAUACGAUUAUUUAGCAUUGGUACCAGUUGUGGAAGGCGCUGGAGGAGUCAUAACCGAUUGGCAAGGCAACAAACUAACGUGGAAGCCGGACUUUGACGAAGAGCUAAUCAAAACGAACGUGAUCGCUGCUGGCGAUUCGAGAGUACACAGGGCUGCUUUGGGCCGGCUCGAUUGCCAAGCGAGCUAGAGAUCACGAACGUGUUAGAAGUCACGAGAAACGAAAUAAGUUCCACAUUUAUGGGAGCUAAAGUUAUAAGGGGCUCUCUCUCAAGCUA